CAUCAGUUAGUGUUGAAGCCAGUCAAUCAGACCACCAUGGCUGUGAACAUCCCAGGAGUGAUAUCAAUUGUGUUUUUCUACCUGCUGGUCCUUGGGACUGGUAUUUGGGCUUCUUUCAAGUCCAGAAGGGAACAGAAGAAAAGUGCAGCCAAUGACAUGGAGAUGGCCCUGCUGGGAAACCGGCAUAUCAGCUGGGUGGUGGGGAUAUUCACAAUGACAGCAACAUGGGUCGGAGGAGCCUUCAUUGUUGGCACAGCUGAAAUUGUGUACAUACCGUCUAUGGGACUAACCUGGGUGGUCAUGAUGUUACUGGCAUACAGCUCAUCUUUUGUUCUUGGUGGCUUGGUGUUUGCCAAGCCAAUGAGAGAAAGAAAGUAUGUGACAAUGUUGGACCCUUUCCAUUUCAAAUAUGGAAAAGUACUAACAGCUGUUCUAAGCCUGGCCUCAAUUUUUAUGGAUGUGGUGUGGGUGCCCUCAACACUAAUUGGUUUAGGAGGAACCAUGAGUGUGGUCCUGGAUGUGUCCUACAGUAUUUGCAUCUGGAUCUCUGCUGCUGUUGCCAUCAUCUAUACAUUGAUGGGUGGUCUCUACUCUGUGGCCUACACAGAUAUUAUACAGCUUGUUCUUAUCUUCUUAAGCAUGUGGAUCUGUGUUCCUUUCGUUCUGAUGAACCCUAACUGCUUGGACAUCAGCCAGACACUGAUGAACAACACCUUACAUGCUCCCUGGAUUGGUGCACCAGGACUGAAAGAGACCUGGAUAAUGAUUGAUGAUUUCUUAUUCUUGGCACUGUCGAGUCUGUCAUAUCAGUGCUUCUACCAGAGGGCUUUGUCGGCUUCUUCCUUAUCCGCAGCUAGGCUCACAUGCUUUGUCGCGGCUUCCAUCUUACCUGUAUUUGGGAUACCCUCUUUGCUCCUUGGGGCAGCUGCUGCAUCUACAGACUGGAACCUGACUUCCUAUGGCUCUCCAUCUCCAUAUGAACGUGGGGAAGCAGCUCAAAUCCUGCCCAUCACCCUGGAGCAUCUUACCCCAUUCUACAUCUCCAUUAUUGGUACUGGAUGUGUGGCUGCUGCGGUGAUGUCAUCGGUCGACUCUGCUUUGCUUUCUGCCGCUUCUGUCUUCUCUUCCAACAUAUACAAGAACAUCCUGAGGACACAGGCAUCAGAAAGGGAGAUGCAGUGGGUGAUCCGCGUUGCUGUGGUGGUGGUGGGUUUGGCUAGUACGUCACUGACCAGCCAACAAAACAGCAUCAUUAUGUUCUUGCUUGUUGGUGCUGAAGUGGCCUACAUCACAAUCUUCCCUCAACUUGUCUGCGUUCUUUUCUUCAGUAUCUCUAAUGGUUACGGAGCUGUUAUGGGCUUGCUGGUGGGACUGGUGUUAAGACUGCUCGUUGGAAUCCCAUUAGUAGGGCUGCCAGUUGUCCUCCACUUCCCAGGAUGCACUCUUGAGGAUGGUGUUUAUGUCCAGUAUGCUCCAGUUAAGACCAUCUGUAUGCUGUCUGCCAUUGCUGCCAUUCUGUUCUUCUCCUAUCUGACCUCUGUGCUCUUCAACAAAGGUCUGCUUCCUGAAAAGUGUGAUGUGUUUAAGGUGAAAGCCCAGCACUCACCACAGCCACUAACACUGGUAGAUAAUGUCACAGAACACAAUGAAAAUGAGGCAUUGAACAUAAACUGCUCUCAGACUGAGGCGUCACAGCCAAUGGCUAGCACAGAGUUUUAGUUUGCCUGAGUACCUGUGCUGUUUUUGCAGCUGUGAUCUAUGGAAAAAAUGUUGGCAACAAGGUGUAAGGAUUAUUACAAUUUAAUAAAUUUUGUAACAGUGUUGUGCAAUUGUACAAUAUGCAGUUAACAAGUUCAGAACGUACAAACCAUAAGAGAUUUAACUGUCUUAAUCUUUACAUCUAUAUAUAUUCAUUAUCCUAUCCUAAUGUUUUCUUUGGGAUGCUCUUUGCUGUUAAACAAUUAACAGUCACCCCUUUUUAUUAGUUAAAGACUAGAACAAAUAGGGGAGGAGGGCAGGCUUUAAUCUGGCAUUCAGCUCUUUAACAUCCCCCACAUUUAAACACAUUUUAAUUUUAAUCGGUUUUGUGCUUCCGGUAUAAUCAAUGCUUUUUGUUUUAAUCAACCUACUGUAGGCUUAAUAAAACUGAUUAACAGAUUGAUUUGUAAAUAAAUAAAUAAAUAAAGUAAAUAAACUUUUCUAGUCGUGACGACCACUCAUAGUGCUUUACACUACAAGUCAUAUUCACCGAUUCACCCCCCCGACACUGGGACAGGUGAGACAUUGGCCAGGGUGGUCGACUCAAGGUCCGAUUUGGGAUCCAACUGGGUGUCGAUCAUGGUGUGGGGCCACUGAGCAGCAAAGGCUCUGGGUCACUUGGCUGAGGCUGGAACUGGAACAUGGGAACCUGAGGCUGAGGCUCUGUUUUAUUGUAUUGAAUUAUAUUGUAAAGCUUUUAAUAUUUAAAUGCACAUCAGAAAUGAAAGUUUAAUGUGACCAUUGAAGGAAUGUCAAUAUCUGAUCAAUGAAUUAAUUAGGAUUCUUACAGUAGCUGUGUAAUUCUGUAUGAAAAUCCUCUCCAGUAGUUUUUUAAAUCACUGCAGCCAUUUGAAGGCAGCAGGACAAACAGGUUUGAUACAUCAACAGCUUCUGAUUUGAGAGGUGACCUUUUUGUUAUGAUGCUUACCAUCUGUCUUUCACUGUUGAGAAAAACACAAUAGGUUAUUUGUACAUGACCACAGUUAUGGUGUCAUCUAUGUCAAGCCUUUUAGGCGGAUCCAUCAAAUGUAAAACUAAAAUGAAACCUGACCUGCGAGCAGCUUGCAUUAAUCAGUUAUUGAUGGCUGUCCAAUUAAUGUGGUUGGUUGUGUAUUUACUGGCUGUUAGCAUUCUUGCUUUUCCAAAAUUAACUAUAUGUUCAUACAUUCACAUCAGCCUGCCUACUGUUAAGGCAAAUAACAACAACAGUUUUGUUUUUAUUUGCAGUUUGUUCCUGCAUUCAACACGGCACAUAUUUUGUUGUUUUUUGUUUUCUAAAUAAAUCACUGAACUAUUCAGGACUGGCCAGUGUCUGCAUUUGGGUCCUCACACCUGCAUCCCUAAACACCAAGUCAUGACAGACAUAAACGUAACAUUUCCAUUCAGUUAUUUGACAGAGGCUUUUAUCCAAGGUGACUUACAAGUGUCCACAACAGUCCAAAACCUUGAAGUAGGCACUAAGUACUAAAUCUGUCCAAUGAGACAAACAACUUAAAGGACACUUUUGUCUGAAUGACAAAAAACCAUUGUGUUAACAGCUUGAUGUCAACUAUGUUAUACAUUCCAUGUCAGAAAAGGACUUAACAGGAAAUGAAAACAGAGCUCCGUGUGUUUUCUUUUUGAUGGCUGUCAACUCAUCAUUCCAUUGCAUUGCCAAUUAGUUGGUAUUUUUUUCUUCUGUAAUACCUCCCUCUGUGGAGUA